UGAAGCCUGCCAAUGCCCCCCUCUGCUCCACGUGGCAUGGCACUGCAGCAACUCCCCGCCCGUGUGGGCCCGUGCAGUUGCACCGCCUGCACACGCGGCAGGAGACGUGGCCGCUGGUGGUGUGCCGCGUGCUCGUAGUUUUAGUGGACUGUAUCGUCCUUGCCCGCACAGGAAAUCAAAGUGGAGCCUGGGACGCGUCACGCAGCCGCCCCUACCUGCUGCCGGUGUGCGGACACGCGUCUUGUGUGGAGCAUGCCUGCAGGACAAAGGCACGCGCGGGCUGCGAGUUUGUGUGCCCGACCUGCAAGGUCCCCGGCCUCCUUCUACCUGCAGCCCGACGAAGCGCUUGGAAAUUUCCUACCCACGCUGAAGGAAAUGCUGGAGGAGCGAUUUGGUGGGAAGCCUCGGCCGCUCUACCCCGAGCGGUCGCUCGCGCAGGGCGGCCGCGGCGCUGGCGUCUGGCACCGAUCUUGUCGAGGGCUCUGUACAGCACAAACCACUGCACCUGGGCCACGGCCCGAAUCCAAAGCCUCCGUUCUGACGGUCAGAUUCAGGCGGCGACUCUGGAGGAAAUGUCUCUCAUGAAAUUGUCUUUUCCGAGACCAAGGUUCUCUGCAAACCUCCCGGCUACCAUCAAAGAGACCCGGACCGUGUGAGAGACGCCGCGAGUUCUGUGCACCCUGCACUGUACGUACCGUGUACCAGUCGGGGAGCGGGCAGUAUUAUUGCGGUGAACACCACGCUGCCCUCCAAGUUCGACUCCCGCUCACGGCCACCAACACUGCUGACGAUUACCUCAGCCGCUCCUGGGCCUCCCCGUGUAGCCGUAGCGAGCAGCACCGAUGAAGGCCGGCACGGCACGCGACACCAGUGUUGGUGGCCGUGAGCGGGAAUCGAACCCUGGGUGGCAAGUGUGCCGCUGGAGCCACGCUGCGAGCUGCGUGCUGAGGAGCGCCUCUCUGCACGAAGCCUCCUGGAGCCUCUCCCGGAGCAGUCACCAUGGAGGCUCAUGGGCUGCGCAGUACCUCACGCACCCUCGUGGCGCUGCUCGUGACGAGCUACGCGUUCCUCACGUCUGGGCCCACGGAGGAGAAGAAUUUCUCCCCGAACUGGCUGGUUAACCUGGGGGGAGCCUGGGAGGUCCAACCGCCACAGGCCGGGCAGCCUCUACCUCUCGCCAAAGCGACCGUGGCUGUCCACAUCAGCGACCGGCUCGCAGAUCACGAAGCCAAGAGGGAGCCUCGAGUCGCUUCCUCUCCCAGCCAUGGCGUGGAGGUUCCCCAAGGAGGAGGAGGAGAAGACGACGACCCAGCUCUCUUAGGGUGGAAGACCUUCAUGGAGAUGCUGCACAGCAGGCCGGUGGCCAUCGCCUACGAGGUGGCGAGUGCAGGGAUCGCCCUCCUCAGCCUCGGAGUGUUGCUGAAGAAUGCAGUGUGGCGUCCGCGACCUCCUGCCAUGCCAGCGAUGGCCGUCCACACCACCAACCUCCCGAAACAAAAGGCUCGGUCGAACUUGGCCGAAAUGGUACCUCAAGCAGCUUCUUCUUUAGGCUGUUGGAUGACGGUUCCGCAAGAUGGAGAAUACCCGUCUCCCUCAAGGUGGACGACCUUGAUGAAGAUCCUGCACAGUGGGCCGGUGGCCAUCACUUACCACGUGGAGAGCACGGGGAUCACCAUUACCAGCCUAAGAGUCUGGCGGAAGAAUCAACUGAAGUCAUCGCAACGUGGACGAGUUUACCGAAGCCGCCACAUGAGAGGAUCCAUGUGGAAAUUGGCUCGGGGCAAGCGCCACCCCAUGAAAAUCAAGAGGACCCACAGAUCCCUCAAGACUCGGCUGGAUGGCUGCUCCAUGAUGAAUAGCUCUCUGUUGGAGCCUGGGACGCGUCACGCAGCCGCCCCUACCUGCUGCCGGUGUGCGGACACGCGUCUUGUGUGGAGCAUGCCUGCAGGACAAAGGCACGCGCACGCGCGGGCUGCGAGUUUGUGUGCCCGACCUGCAAGGUCCCCGGCCUCCUUCUACCUGCAGCCCGACGAAGCGCUUGGAAAUUUCCUACCCACGCUGAAGGAAAUGCUGGAGGAGCGAUUUGGUGGGAAGCCUCGGCCGCUCUACCCCGAGCGGUCGCUCGCGCAGGGCGGCCGCGGCGCUGGCGUCUGGCACCGAUCUUGUCGAGGGCUCUGUACAGCACAAACCACUGCACCUGGGCCACGGCCCGAAUCCAAAGCCUCCGUUCUGACGGUCAGAUUCAGGUCUGUUCCCGUAGUCGAGUUCACGUUUAAAUUUAUGCUGGGCAAUGAGUUGAUUGAAACCUAGAGAUGUAAAAUAGCAGACAGGUCACUUCUGUCACCAGGCCUUUUAGCUGCGUUCCAACCAAGGCUUUUUCUAUUUCCACACCUCCGAUUAGCACAGUUGGCUAUGUACGGUGCGAAAGAAGUUCAACAUAAAUAUUCAUAAGUUUGUUUACCCCAAGAAGACCUCAAGCUUUCACGACCAUUAUCCAUAAUCGAGGUUUUUGGGUUAGACGACGUAAAUAUGAAUGUGUCGUUCAACCCGCCACCGCCAACACAGCCAAUUACUGUAGUGAGGUUUGUCACGUAAUCAAAACGUGCUAAUUCGUUACUAGUUCAGCACACUGGUGUGUUCGAGAGUAAACCCCCAACAUUUACAAUUCAAUACUCUUUGGUUCUUUUGGUAAAGUCAAGUAGGUAUAAAAUAAAAUUUACAAUUCGAGUACGACGUUUUGUCAGUAAUUCCAACUCACAUCAACAGGCGAUAGCCAGGGUUGUUAAGAGCGAAGCAGGAGGAUUUCUCAAGAGAUAAAUGUGAUGUCUCACUUGUGGGGCAAUUAGGCCGAAGGCCGGGGGGGGGGGGGAGGUUAUAAAUGCAUAUAAAUUACAAUGGAUAUCCAAUAUCGGUAGG